AUGACAAUGCUUGUACAUGACAGAGUGUCUAAAGAGAAGCGUACAGUUCGUCGAAGUGGAAAGAAUUACCCAUUUCAACAAAUACCUGAGAUUAUCAGUCGAUUACGAGGCAAAGGAUUUGUCAAAGUCGUGAAGAACAAAGCAUAUUUUAAACGUUACCAAGUCAAAUUCAGAAGGAGACGAGAGGGUAAAACAGACUAUUAUGCUCGUAAAAAGAUGAUCACACAGGACAAGAACAAGUACCAUGCCCCUAAAUAUCGCCUCGUUGUCCGUUUCACAAAUGGUGAUAUAAUUUGUCAAGUUGUCAGUUCUCGUAUUGUAGGAGAUUUCACAUUGGCUGCUGCUUAUUCUCACGAGCUUCCACGAUAUGGUAUUCAUGUAGGACUUAAGAAUUAUGCUGCUGCAUAUUGUACUGGAUUAUUGACAGCACGAAGGCUCCUCACUCAACUAAACAUGGCUGACAAAUAUGAAGGCAAUACUGAUAUAAAUGGAGAGGAUUACAAUGUUGAAGCUCUGGGUGAUGGACCACGCCCAUUCCGUUGCUGUCUGGAUAUCGGAUUAGUCCGUGUGACCACAGGACAUCGUGUCUUUGCUGUACUAAAGGGAGCUGUUGAUGGUGGACUGGAUAUACCCCAUAGGUAUGGGACUAUGAAAACCGGUUUUAUCGGGUAUGACUCUGAGUCUUCACAACUUGAUGCUGAUAGACUGCGUUCAUACAUCUUUGGAGGUCAUGUGAUGAACUACAUGAAUUAUUUAACGGAGAACGAUGAAGAAUAUUACAAGAGGCAUUUCUCUGAAUAUGUCAGAGAAGGCAUUGGUCCGAUGAUAUUGAGACUAUGUACAAAAACUGCUCAUCAAAUGAUUAGAGAAAAUCCAAGUCAUAUCAAGAAGGAACGAACUACUGAAGUUAAGAAGAAAAGAUGGAAUCGUUCUAAACUUUCUCUUGCUCAACGUAAGGCUAAAAUCAAGCAGAAGAAAGAAGCGUUUUUACGACAGCAAAAGAAACAUGAUGUUGACGAAAGUGAUGAAGAUUAA